GCCCUGGACAAGGACACAGGGAAUUACAGCUCCAUGCAAUACAGGAUUAUUAUCCCCCCCACCACCGACGGCAAGGACGGCUUUGUCAUUGAGCCCUACACCGGCGUCAUCAAGACUGCCAUUAUGUACAGGAACAUGCGACGUUCCUACUUCAAGUUCGAAGUGGUCGCCACUGACAAUUACGGCGAGGGGGGGCUGAGCAGCAAGGCAGAGGUGGUGGUGAGUUUGUCCUGUUCCCAUAGAAUUGAAUGGGAAUGUCUGUUAUAGUCAUUCUAUUUCUGUGGCUGUGCCCUGAAAAGUCAUUGGUCUCCAUCUGGUUCCCACAGAGUCUUUGUUCAAUGCGAAGUUCCAUCAGUGCCAGCUAGUUUUUCAUAGCCUUCUUGCCAGCCUUGAUCAAUUCCAGCUUAUGGCUCUUUUUAAAAGAACUGCGGGACCAACAUUAAGUGUGUCGAUAUCCACAAUAUCAAUAUCUCCACUCUCCAGGUGUAUAUUGGCACUAAACACCCCAGCCAUCCUCCCAAAAUAUACACUCAAAAGCUUCCCAUAGGAAUUGCAUUUGUAAAAUAGCACAGUAUCGAUACACCAGCUAAUCAAUGGUCCAUGUCCUGUUCCAGCCUUGUAGUAGAUAGGCUAGCUAUCCCUGAGAGAGUAGAUGAAUGUGUGUUCCUUCUGUGCUGGCCACUUCCCAGUUUGUUGCAAAUUGAACUGUCCCAGGGCAGAUGGGGACCAUUGAUUAUACAUUACGGCCUUGUGCAGCCUAUUUUACUCCCUUUGCUCUUAAUGAAAUAAGAGGCUGGCUGGGCCAGAGCCUUGCCUGAACGAGAGGAACCACGCUGUGGCUAAAUGAAUCUAAUUCCAAUGGGAAGCUUCAUUUCAUGGGGACUGCACAAACUACAGGGAGAUUUUCCGUGUGGUUUAGCCUGCUGUCCAAAAUUAAAGCUUAUUUGUAGAAGUUAGGGAGGGGAGGGAAAUAGAUGCUUGUUUUGUGUCUGUACCAUCAAUCAUUUGAUUGACCUCUGUUUCCAAGGUAUCUGUAGUGAAUCUGCUGGAUAUGCAGGUGGUGGUCUCCAACGUUGCUCCUACAGUGGUGGAACAGAACAAGGACAAGCUCCUCAGGUAACGUAGAAGAUAUCUAAUCUAUUAUAAUCCGUAUUUUAACAGUCAAGUCGCGACUGUGCUUAUAGCCGUCUCCUAAACUUGAUAUGCAAAUGACUCACUUGAGCAACACUUACCUUUGGCCCUUUCCCAGGCAUGCAGGUGAUUGAGGGGGCUGUAUGAAUCAGUGUGCAGUGUUGGUUUUAUCGCUGCCUUCUAUCGAGCUGAAACGGUGUUCCGCUGUUUGACAGCUGCUCAAAAUAAAUUGUCAGGCGACGCGAGCCUUCCUUCAGUUUCCAUGAGAGACUUCCUUCAGUUUCCAUUAGAGCCUUCCUUCAGUUUCCAUUAGAGCCUUCCUUCAGUUUCCAUUAGAGCCUUCCUUCAGUUUCCAUUAGAGCCUUCCUUCAGUUUCCAUUAGAGCCGCUCACCACCUGCCUACACAGCUCUGUCAGAGCUUUGUCAUACACUUCACACAGCCACUCCCUGAUGGUUCCAUCCUUGUCUUGAGCUUACUGCUUAGCUAUUAGCAUUGUGAUCAGAAAGGUGUCUAGCUUCUCUCUGAAGCUAAAUUGCUAACGAGGGAAAGAGGGAAAUUGUCAGUGGCUCCCUAGCUGUCUCCUGUUCCUCUGAGGGGGGGGUGGUGUGUCACAUUUGUUGAAUACAGGAUUGGACCAAGGUGCAGCGUGGAAUGCAUACAUGUUUAUUAACGACGUUAACACACGACAAAACAACAAAAGUAACGUAACGUGAAGCUCACAAUGGCUACACACAAACAAGCCAAACAAGAGUCAAGAUCCCACACCAUAGGUAGGCAAAAUGGCUACCUAAGUAUGAUCCCCAAUCAGAGACAACGAUCGACAGCUGCCUCUGAUUGGGAACCACACCCGGCCAACAUAGAAAUACACCACAUAGAUUUACACAUAGAAAUUCACACCUUGACCAAACCAACGAGAAACAACAGGAAUUUAAAGGUCAGGGCGUGACAGUACCCCACCCUCAAAGGUGCGGACUCCGGCCGCAAAACCUAACUUAACAGGGGAGGGUCCGGGUGGGCAUCUAGCCUCGGUGGCGGCUCCGGGCAUGACGUCUUCUCGCUUUCUGCCUCCCCGUUGCACCCCUGGUCCGGUCUGGAUCUCGGCGCAAUGCUUCCCCUCUCAGUCCUCCCACGAUGCACCAAGCCCUGUCUGGACCCUGGUGUGGGAGGCCCCGACCCUGGAGAGGGGCUGAACUGGACCCCGGUGGAGCGAACUGCUCUGGCUCUGGACUGGAGCAGCUGACCGGGGAUGGACUAGGCACCGGUAGAGCGGACUACUCUGACACUGGACUGGAGCAGCUGACCAGAGCUGGAAUGGGCACCGGUGGAGCGGACUGCUCUGGCACAGGAGUGGAGCAGCUGACCGGAACUGGACUGGGCACCGGUGGAGCGGACUGCUCCGGCACCAGCCGUACCGGACUGGGGACACGCACCACUGGUCUGGUGCGAGGAGCAGGCACGGGCCGUACCAGGCUGGAGACACGCACCACUGGUUUGGUGCGAGGAGCAGGUACGGGCCGUACCGGACUGGAUACAUGCACCACUGGUUUGGUGCGGGGAGCAGGUACGGGACUGUGGAGGCGUACUGGAGGUCUGGAGUGUAAAGCUGGCACAACCUGUCCUGGCUGGAUGCCCACUUUCGCACGGCACGUGCGGGGCGCUGGCACAGGACGCACUGGGCUGUGAACGCGCACUGGCGACACAGUGCGUAGGACUGGCGCAGGAUAUACUGGACCGUGGAGGUGCACUGGAGACCAGGAGCGUUGAGCCGGCAUAACCCGGCCUGGCUGGAUGCCCACUUUCGCAUGGCACGUGCGGGGCGCUGGAACAGGACGCACUGGGCUGUGAAGGCGCACUGGCGACACAGUGCGUAUCUCCACAUAACUUGGUUCCUCAAUGAACACACGCUCCUUCUGUUGCCUGGCCAGCUCCUCUCUCCAUGCAUCCACUAAUUCCUUCUCCCUUUGGGCUUCCUGCAGCGCCUCCUUCUGAAGUGAGAGCUCCUGCUCCCUCUUCUCUAACAGCCCCCGUAAUGUGGUGGCCUCCUCUCUCAAACUGCUGAUCCGCAGGUCUUGGAGGACCUCUACAAUAGCGGCCUCCUUCUCCACAGUCAGCCCUUUCACGGCCUCCUGCUGCUUCGUCGAACACCCCGUGUGCCCCCCAAAUUUUUUUUCUUGGGGUUGCCUCUCAGGUCUCCUUCAUCGUUUCGCAUUUUGGAGUCGCCGUCUAUCUGGACUCCAACCUCCUGCAUUACCUCAUCGUAACGGACGGCCUCCUCCUCGGUAAUUUUCCCCGAACCGAGGAGGACAUCUACCAAUGUUGCUUCCCGCUGUGUCCAGGGUGUUUGCUCCUCCUGGGCACGCUGCUUGGUCUGUUGGUGGUGGGAUCUUCUGUCACGUUCGUUGAAUACAGGAUUGGACCAAGGUGCAGCGUGGAAUGCAUACAUGUUUAGUAACGAAGUUAACACACGACAAAACAACAAAAGCAACGUAACGUGAAGCUCACAAUAGCUACACACAAACAAGCCAAACAAGAGUCAAGAUCCCACACCAUAGGUAGGCAAAAUGGCUACCUAAGUAUGAUCCCCAAUCAGAGACAGUGAUCGACAGCUGCCUCUGAUUGGGAACCACACCCGGCCAACAUAGAAAUACACCACAUAGAUUUACACAUAGAAAUUCACACCCUGACCAAACCAACGAGAAACAACAGGCAUUUAAAGGUCAGGGCGUGACAUGGUGGAAGAGCGUGUGUGUGUGUGCCUGAAUUCCAGCAUACUUUAUGUGUGUGAGCUUGCGUGUAUUGGCUGUAUUGCUUCUGUACACCUGUCCAUCACUCAACCUAUCCUCCUACUGAUAAACAGUCAAACAGUAUCAGUUCUCCAUGAUGGACUUCCUCUGACUGGGUCUCAUCCCAGGUCCACUUUAGCUCCAAGAGCUAUGGCCCCAGCUGUGGAGCCACCUAGUUUAUCAGUGUUCUCAACUCCCAUCUGGUCUCAAUUCUGUCCUGCCAUCCUUUUUGGAGUUUCCCUGGGGAGAAGGAACAUUCAGGGCACAGCAGGUAAUUGUCUCAACGCCUACUUUACCUUUGCCUUCCUGCUCAGAUCAGAGCUCAGGGGGCUGCAGACGCCCAUUGCCAAACAAGGGUUGUGUCUGAACUGGCCACUAUUUUCUAUAUAUUGCAAUACCUUUGACCAGAGCCCUAUGCUGGUAUAGUGCGUAGUGCACUUUAUAGUGAACAGGGUGCUAUUUAAGAUGCACCCAAGGACAUUUGCCUUGAACUGAUACUAUUGAAGAUACUUCAAUUAAGAAUUUUAGAGAUGGAGCACCAUUUUUGGCUUUACAUUGCAAUCCAAAAACAUUUAGUGCGAUUUCUUCCUGAGGGAGAGGCGAUUUUGACAGGGUCAUGGAAACGUGUGGGAAUUUACUCUUUAUAGUUGCUGACGGUCUCAAGGAGGAUAGGGUGUCAUGUUUUUUAUUGUAAAUGCAAUGCACAACCUCAUUCUAAUCACUGUCAUUAUUCAUGUACUGAUCAAGAACUUGCCUGAUCAUACUUAAUACAAGCGUUAGAAUUAAGAUGCAUAUCCUCUGACUGAGAAAUCCUUUUAGUGAGCCUGAAUCCAUUCAGUCAAGGCCUCUUCUUUUUAAACAGUUGAGGCAGCAUUAGCUCAGUGUCAAGUGUUGAAAUAGAGUACAGCUACAGGUAGGUGUAGCAACUAUGAAUUGCAGUACGUUUUUACCUUUUGGAUUUACCAUAUAAUUCACCAUUUAACAUUUUCCCAGAGAUCCUGCUGUCAUCUUGUUCUUAUACAAAGCACCUGAUAAUUCCUUCCUCUCCCUCUGCAGGAUCUUGGAGCGCUAUGUGCAGGACCAGAUUCCCGGGGCCAAAGUGGUGGUGGAGUCCAUCGGGCCGCAGCGGUUCGGCGAUGGCUUCGAGCAGGAGGACUACUCCAAGUCAGACCUGAUGGUAUACGCCAUCGACCCUCUGACCAACAGGGCCAUCUCACGCCAGGAGCUGUUC